UAAUAUUGAUAAUAGUGAUAUUUAGUGUUCUCAUAACCUUCAUUAGUUUAGAGUAAUAUCAAUGCAAGCUUUAGCUUUAAUAAUAGCUCUUUCUCGACUAAAUUUCAGUUCUGCUGAUUUCGACUGUGAAUGCGGGGCUUAUGAAAAUACUGAAGCGGAGGCUGCUAAAUGUAUGCUAAAAAUCAAGGAUUCUGCUGUUUCCGCAGCACAAUCAGGAAAACCGGCUGGAGGUACAGAAGGUAGAAUAGUUGGUGGCUAUGAUGUUGAUAAACGAUGCAUGAAGAGACCAUCAAUGAUUUUGCUCAAGAUAGAAUCUAGGAUACCUGGUUUAACUGCUGGAGGUUGCGGAGGAACAAUUAUCAAUAAAAAGUUUGUUCUGACUGCUGCUCACUGCUUUUGCUCACCUAAGGUAGGAGAGUGUAAAUUUAACAACGGUAAACAGUCAACUGAAAAACUUCCGUCUGGACAAUACAAGUUCGAAAAAGGAACACAUGGUACUACUGUAGAUCCGACGGUCAAGGAUAGAACUAAAGUACUAAUCGCAGGGAUGUCAGCGUCAUAUUCGAAAGACGUUGUGGAAAAUAUGCUUCUGGAAUCAGAUUCUAAAGGGGUCCGGAAGACGUCCAAUAUUAUUGUCCAUGAAGAAUAUCUGUUCGAGAGUGAGGUGACUAGGUAUGAUAUAGCUCUAGUGGAAGUAGACGAACCAUUUGAUUUCUCUAAACCUCUUGAAGUUAGUCCUAUCUGCCUUUUUAACCCAAAAAUAGAUAUUGUGGCUACUCCUUCCUAUAUAACUGGGUUUGGUCAUAUCUUUGAAGCUGAGAAGAAAGACACAGACACUGUACAAGCCAAGUGCAAUACAGGUGCUGGUGGUCCAUCAGAGUUUCAAGCGUGCAGGAGAUUCUUUGUUGAUGAUGAAGAUAUUAAAACAAACGAUAAGGAUUGUAACAAUAACGAAAGUCCUGCAAAGAGAGACAAAGAUUGCCAGCUUCUGUUCAAGAAGGUUCCAGAAUUAGCCAUGGGGAAAACAGAUCUAGAUAUCAAUGGAAAAAUUAAAAGAUGUUUUCCAACAAGUAUGCCUGGUGGAACUAUUGGUUGGUGUGCUACUUGUAUACCAGGAGCUACUGAAGGACAACCUGGAUAUUGUAAGGAAGGACAAACUGGUGAUGAUGUCGACGAUGAUGAACUCGGAACAAGGGCUGAUGUGGCUCCCCAUGCUGGAUGGGGCUACUGUGAUAAACAGUGCUUUUCAAACAGAUUAUUCGCAGGGGCACUUCAGGAAGCCCAACUUACUUCCUUAUCAGAUAAGGAUUGUGAUGAUAAAUCCAAGGAAUUUUUAAAAAAAGAUUCCGAGCUUGCUCGACGACCAAUACCAGAAAUAGAAUUCUGUGCAGCAAAGAAGCAAGUUUUUACUAUUCCAACAUAUAAACAAGAGGGAGCAGAUUUUAAAUUUGUAAAGAACAUUACAGAAAUAGUUUGGGGAGGAAGUGAUACUUGCCAAGGUGAUUCUGGGGGCCCGCUUUGGAUAGUUCAUGAGCAGAAAGCUUAUCUAGCUGGAGUUACUAAUAGAGGAACAGGGUGUGCUAGGCAAGACAAUUUUGGAAUCUACGCUAGAGUUUCCGCAUACAAAGAAUGGAUCGAGAAAAAUGCAGCUUCUGGUAAAUGCUGAUUAUCAGAUUGCAGAUACCAGACAUUCUUGAACCAGAAAACAGACAUGAAUCAAUUUUAACCAGAUGAAAAUACCAAUACCAGAAAAUUACAUACUCCAGGACACUUAACAAUAUGUGAAAAAUUGUGAGAAAUUAUUAAAAAUAUAGUUUAAACUUGAUGCU